AACCAUGCCACCAAUAAUGUUCCAAAAUACUACUAUUGUCUUAACAUUCCUUUGUGUCCUUAUUCUAAAACUCUCUUCAGCUGAUCAAAACAUUGAAGCAGAUGCACUCUUAAAGUGGAAGGCCACACUUGAGAAGCAAAGCCAAGUUAUGUUAUCAUCUUGGAACAACGGCACAAGUCCAUGCAGAUGGAAAGGAAUUCAAUGUGACAAAUCAAAGUCAAUCACAACCAUCAAUCUUGAAAACUUUGGACUCAAAGGUACACUUCACAGUCUUAGUAUUUCUUCAUUCCCCAACCUCAUUUCCAUAAACAUAUACAACAACUUGUUCCAUGGAACCAUUCCACCACAAAUUGCUAACAUGUCCAAAGUUAACAGCUUGAACAUGUCUUCAAAUCUUUUUGAUGGUUCUAUCCCUAAGGAGUUGUGGACAUUGAGCAGUUUACAGAGUCUUGAUCUUUCUUUGUGCCAUCUAAGUGGAUCAAUCCCGGGUUCCAUUUCGAAUUUGGCCAACUUAUCAUUUCUAGAUUUAUCUGAUAAUUACAAUCUGUCAGGCCUAAUUCCACCUGAGAUUGGUAAACUGAACAAACUUGUGUUUCUUGGGAUUGGAAACAAUCAACUCUCUGGCUCCAUUCCCCAAGAAAUUGGAAUGUUAACAAAGCUUGAGUAUCUUGAAUUAUCAAGAAACACUCUUUCUGGUACUAUCCCUUCAACAAUUGCUAACAUGAGCAGUUUAAAUAGGCUUUACCUUGCUAAUAACACCUUGUUUGGGCCAAUCCCAGAUUCCAUGUGGAACAUGUCUACCUUGUCAUGGCUAAACCUUUAUAAUAACCAACUUUCUGGAUCAAUCCCUGCUUCAAUAGAAAACUUGGUCAACCUGGAGUUACUUGAAAUUGAGAAGAACCAUUUUUCAGGAUCCAUUCCUUCCACAAUUGGAAACAUGACAAAGCUCACCUGGAUAUUGCUUCGCCACAAUAAUUUUUCUGGCGAAAUUCCUAGCUCCAUUGGUAAUUUGAUCAAUUUGAUCACCCUUGCUCUUCAAGGAAACAAUCUAUCAGGAGCUAUUCCUGAUACAGUUGGAAAGUUGAAAAGCCUAUACUCUUUAGAAUUGUCUGCCAACAAACUCAGUGGUAGCAUUCCACAAGUUAUCAAUAACCUUACCAACAUGGUUUACUUUUUGGUAGAAGAAAAUGAUCUCUCCGGCCACUUGCCACCUCAAAUUUGCUUAGGUGGUUCAUUAGGAUACUUGAUUGCUGGUAACAAUCAUUUUACUGGUCCAAUUCCAAGUAGCUUGAAGAACUGCUCUAAUCUUGCUAGAAUUAGGUUAGAGUAUAACCAUUUGGAAGGAGACCUAACACAAGACUUUGGUAUUUAUCCUAAUUUGAAAUUCAUUGAUCUGAGUGACAAUAAAUUAUAUGGCCAAAUUUCGCCAGAUUGGGGGAAGUGCCAAAAUCUUGAAAACUUGAUAAUAUCCAACAAUAACAUUUCUGGUGGCAUACCAUCAGAAAUUGGUGAACUUACCAAGUUGGGAAGACUUCACCUUUUCUCCAACCAAUUAACUGGAAUGAUUCCAAGAGAAUUGGGAAAUAUGAAAAGCCUGCUUGAAUUCAAGAUCAGUGACAACCAUUUCUCAGGAAAUAUUCCAGCAGAAAUAGGACUAUUGCAUGAUCUUCAAAUCUUGCACCUUGGAGGAAAUGAGUUGAGUGGCAGUAUACCAAGACAAGUUGUGCAGUUACCCAACUUGUUGGAAUUGAACUUGAGCAACAACAAACUACAGGGAAGCAUCCCCUCUGACUUCGGGUCGUCGCAGCCACUGUAUUCUCUUGAUCUUAGUGGGAAUAUGUUGCAUGGACAAAUACCAAUAGUGCUUGGAGAGUUGAAACAAUUGAAAUUGUUGAACCUCUCUCACAACAAUCUUUCUGGCACCAUUCCAUCAAGUUUUAAUGGUAUGUCAAGCUUGAUUUCUGUCAACAUAUCAUACAACCAGUUAGAAGGGCCGCUUCCAGACAAUAACCGAGCCUUUCAGAAUGCUACGAUUGAAUCAUUGAAAAAUAACAAAGGCUUGUGUGGUAAUGUCACUGGCUUGGUGCCAUGCCCAAGCAGCAGUCCUAGCCGUAAAAGUCACAAGGUCAUGUUAUUGGUAUUACUUGUUAUAUUUGGAGUACUAGUAUUUGUGCUUUGUGUGGCGGCUGUUUCAUUGUACUUUCUUUGUAGAAGUGCUAGAAACAAAGACAACUCAGCUAAAGAAGUGCAACAAGUAGAAGAACACUUUUCCAUAUGGAGCCAUGAUGGAAAAAUGGCGUUUGAAACUAUCAUUGAAGCUACCAAUAAUUUUGAUGACAAACAUCUCAUUGGAAUUGGAGGGCAAGGAUCCGUUUACAGGGCUGAGUUGCCUUCAGGAAUGGUUGUUGCUGUGAAGAAACUUCAUACUGAAUCAGAUGCAGAGGGUAAGUCCAAUUUGAAAGCUUUUGAGAAUGAAAUUGAAGCAUUGACAGAAAUGAGGCACCGCAACAUCAUAAAGCUAUAUGGAUUCUGCCAGCAUUCUCGGUUCUCUUUUUUGGUUUAUGAAUUCUUGGAAGGUGGCAGUUUGGAUCAAGUAUUUGGCAAUGAAGCAAAAGCAAGUGCAUUUGAUUGGAUGAAGAGGGUGAAUGUGGUUAAAGGAGUUGCUAAUGCUUUGUCAUACAUGCAUCAUGAUUGCAAACCCCCUAUGGUUCAUCGCGACAUAUCAAGCAAGAACAUUCUGUUGGACUCAGAAUAUGAAGCUCAUGUCUCUGACUUUGGGACUGCUAAGUUUUUAAAGCCAGAUUCAAAUUGGACCACACUUGCAGUCACCUAUGGUUAUGGAGCUCCAGAGCUAGCUCAGACUAUGGAAGUGACAGAGAAAUGUGAUGUAUAUAGUUUUGGAGUUCUUAGUUUGGAGAUCAUCAUGGGAAAGCAUCCAGGAGAUUUGAUCAACUCAUUGUUGUCACCAUCAACAGCAUCAAUAACAUACAAUUUGUUAUUGGUUGAUGUCAUAGAUCAUAGACCUCCUUAUCCUAAGAACUCAAUUGUUGGGGAAAUCAUGCGGAUCACAAAGUGGGCACUUGAGUGCUUGAGCCAAAGUCCACAAUUUCGGCCAACCAUGCAUCAAGUUUCUAAAGAGCUUAUGAUGGGAAAAGCACCUUUACCUGAUGACCAAUUUCCUAUGAUCAGGAUUGGACAACUCAAUGAAGAAUGGGAAACUCCACUUAUUUGAUUGAUCUCAAUUCGGGGGAGACUCAGUUCAGUGGUUUGUCCCCACCAAAGGAGAUAGGCUUGUUGAGUUAGAACGCAUGAAUAAAAGUAAAGCAAUGUCAUUAUUAACUUUUCAAUAACAAUAGAGGAAUGUUAUCAUUAGCGGUUCAAUUAGUCCCCAUCAAAGAACAUACUUUCUGAUAACAACAGUAUACAAAGAAAAAGUGAUCUAUCAAUGAACUCAAUUAUUAACUUGGACCCAUAUAAA